CAAAAAAAGACAGAUAAAGACCCCAGAACUCUCACCACCAAGAAAGGGAAUGAAUUUGAUGGUGCAAACAACAAGCCUGAUAUUCACCCAAUGGAUGUUCAGAUGGCUGUGUUUCAUUGUGCUGAUGUUUUCCUGAAGCAGCUGAUGAUGACUAAACUCUCUCAGUGUCAGUUUGCUCUGCCUCUGCUUGUUCCUGAUCCAUCUACAAAACAGAUUAAGUUUCCUCUCUGGACAUUCAGACAAAUCAACAAGAGCUGGAAGAUGAAGACCACUAAUAAUGAAACCAUCAGUCAAACCCAGCCCAUCUACAAGGCUGAGACUCCAAUGGUGUUUUUCUUCAGGUUUGGCUCUGUGUCUUCAUCUAAAUCUCAGCUGGUGAACAGUCUGAUCAAUGAGAGACACAACACGUUCUUCCACAGGAACUGCCCAGGCAGCAGCAGAACCAGAGUACUGAUGGAUGGAGUGGUGGAGAUCGCCUGGUACUGUCCAUCCGGGAGAAACACAGAUUUAUUUGAUGACUGUGUUGCUUUCUGUAAUCUUCAUGGUGACGCAGCAGCAAAUGAGAAGCAGUAUGAGAUUCUGACCAGUAUGGCUUCAGUAAAUGUCCUUUUCUUACCUGAUUUAGGACAGAAGAACCAUUAUAAAGGUUUGGUGAGAUCACUCUUCAAAUGUCCUCAGCCUCUCAUUUGCCUGCUCACAGAAAACAACUGUGAUAAAACUGAACUGGGGAAUGGAAAAUACAUAAUUGGUCUUUCUGACAAAAAUCCAUGUGAUACAUCUAAUCAAAUACGAGAGACUAUCAGAGAGACUCUGCAGAAAAAGACCUUCAGACUUGAAGAUGUGGCCAAAGACCCAGGAAUCAGAGUAGAUGAGGAGGAUCCAGUGUGUAAGAGAGGGAAACAGGCAGCACUGAAGAUCAUGAAUUUACUGAGAGGAAAAGAUCCAUCAACAGUGAAAGAAACAAUCCUGCCCUGUCAGGGAAAACUGUGGCAUAACUGGUGUAAAAUAAACAAGGAGCUGCAUCGUCUACAAGGAGAAAAUCUGGAGGAAGAUAAAAGCAACAAACUGAAGAAGAUGAGAAAAAUAAGAAAAAAGCAAGUGGCACAAAAAGUGAGUGAGUUUAUGAGGACAUUUAUUGAACAAAUGAAAUCACAGAAAGACAAUGAAAGAAAAUAUUUCCUCAAAUGGAUGAUGAACAUGUUGGAUGAAUUCAGUUCAGAGAAGCUCUGUGAUCUUCAUAAGCAGUAUGAUAUAAAAUGGAAAAAAGUCUUAGAAUUGAAAAAGAUUCCUGACCAUAAAGGUCAAUUGCAGACUGAAAAAGCAAACCUGGUAGCAAUAUCAAAACAAAUCAAACAUACAGCGUUUGGCUUGGAGCACAUCAUGAGAGAGUGUGGUCAGAUCUAUGAAUCUUGUUCAGCUAUGAAGAAGAAUAGGAGUCUGCAGUUUGACUUCAGGUCUCUCCCGAGUCUUGCAGCAGAAAUGAUGAUCUCUGGAUUCCCCCUGGAGCUGAUGGAUGGAGAUGCUGCUCAUGUUCCUCUCAUCUGGGUCUCUGCUGUUUUAGAUGAACUUGUGAAGAAACUGGGAGAGCAGAGACUCUUUGUGCUGUCAGUUUUGGGGAUUCAGAGCUCAGGGAAAUCCACCAUGCUGAAUGCCCUGUUUGGUCUGCAGUUUGCCGUCGGUGCUGGCAGAUGCACCAGUGGAGCUUUCAUGCAGUUGAUCAGAGUGUCAGACGAAAUGAAAUCAGAGCUGAAGUUUGACUAUAUACUGGUUGUUGAUACCGAGGGGCUUCGGGCACCAGAACUAUCUGGAAGGUCAACAACACAUCGUGACAAUGAACUGGCCACAUUUGUUGUUGGUCUUGGAAACAUGACUUUAAUCAACAUCUUUGGAGAAAACCCAGCUGAGAUGCAGGACAUUCUUCAGAUUGUUGUUCAGGCCUUCAUGAGGAUGAAGAAAGUCAGACUGAAUCCAAGCUGCAUGUUUGUGCAUCAGAACGUCUCAGACGUCACAGCUUCUGAAAAAAACAUGGAGGGGAGGAGAAGACUUCAGGAAAGACUAGACAAAAUGACUGAACUCGCUGCAAAAGAGGAAGUUUGUGAUACAAGUGCGUUCGGUGAAGUCAUUGCAUUUGAUGUCCAGAAGGAUGUGAAGUAUUUCUCUCAGCUCUGGGAGGGCAGUCCACCAAUGGCUCCACCAAACCCAAACUACUGCGAGAACAUUCUAGAACUGAAGGAAAUUAUUCUAACACAUGCUUCACAAUCAGACGGAAUAAUGCUGACACAAUUAAAACACAGAAUUAAUGAUCUCUGGGAGGCUUUACGCAAUGAAAACUUUGUGUUUAGUUUCAAAAAUUCUCUGGAAAUUGCAGCAUACAAGAAAAUUGAGACUGAAUACAGCAAGUGGACCUGGAGCCUUCGCAGUGCCAUGCUGGAGAUUGAACAAAAGCUGCACAACCAAAUAGAAAAUGAAGCAAUUCAAACUGUUGAGGAAACUGAUCUUCAAUCUGAACUAAAGGAAAGAAGUGAAGAAGUAAAAAAGAAAAUGUCUAAAUUCUUUGAGAAAGACAGAGAUGCAAAUAUACUCAAUCAGUGGAAAGGCUUCUUUGAGAUUAAAAUGAGUCAGAUUCAAGAAAACAUUGUGAGAGAAACUCUGAGUAAAUUAAAUGGGGUUCUUCAGCAGCGUCACCUGAAGAAAAAGAUGGAUGCUCAGAGGACACAUCAUGAAAACACACUGUUUGAAAAGAGCAAAGAACUUGCCUUAAAAUCUAAAGACCAAGCAACUGAUGAAAAUACCAUGAAAAAACAGUUUGAUGAUUUUUGGAAACAAAAUACAGCAGAGAUCAUCAGAGACAACCCUCCAGCCAAAAACAUUGACAUAACAAGAGACAUGAAAAAGCUCAUCAGAGAGAGCUAUGCAAGUCUUCCCUUAGACUGUCUGACAGAGGGCGGUGAGUACAAAGACAUGAGCUGUUUGCCAAGCUAUUCAGAAUACUUAAAGUUGAAGAAAUCUACUGGAAUUACAGCAAUUUUGAAAAAAAAUUUCCAAAAAGGUCUAGAUUUUAUUGGUCUUAAUUUAUCUAUAGAUGAUGACGUCCAGAUAAGAGCCCUAAUCUCAGACAUUUCUGAGCACACAGAUAAAAUGAUUCAGUCCUUUAACAUUACAAAGAUGGGCUACAACAUCAGCUACAUUCAACAACUCAAAGAUUACAUAAAGACAACAUUAGAGGAACAUGAAAACAAAAAAAUAGUUAAUUAUGUGUUCAAGAAUGAGUUCUUCAUUGAUCUGGUACUUUACCAAUGUCGGAGAACAAGCAAGACAUUCACAGACCAAUACCAAAUGUUCAGGGAAGUCAAUGAUCCUCUUCUCUAUUUUGAGAAGAAGAGAGAAGAGUACUACAGAAUCUUCCAGAAAUACUGUACAGGAGCUUCAUCAACUGCUGUUUUUGGUGAAUUCAUUUGUAAUAAACUUAAAGAGCCCAUUCUGCAAAGUGUCUAUAAAACAACUGCCAGAGAUAUAGCAGAUCAAAUGAAAACAAACUGUGAAGCACUAAAUGGAAACAGAUCAAACCUGGAGAAACACAUCCUGAAGACUCUGGCAGAAAAACAGGAUUUCAGAGCAUUCAUCAUUUACAUUACAAACCCAAGAGAACACUUCAAAAAUUUCAUCAGAGAUGAAGUCAACCAGUUUGUCACAAAAACAUUUGAGAAAAAUGUUCGACCCAAGAUGGAAAACAGUACUAAAGUGCUAGAACAACAGAUCACAAACGCAGCACGUGAAUCCAGCAAAUAUGUUAAAGAGACUGAUGGAAAUGUUGGUUUGUGGUUGCGUCAUUUCACUCAACAGCUUUCCGGUGUGCUAAUAUUUUCUGAAAGUGACCUUAUUGGAGUGAAUCAAGGUGAUGCUAAUGUCAGUUUUCUAGAAGAUGUGAUAAAGAAAGAGCUUCCUUCUAUUAAGUUUGACAUUUUCAGUAAAUUCCGCCCAGAGAAGUUUCAAGUAAAGCUUGAACAAGCACACAGACCAGAUGAGAUUCUGAUUGAUCACUUCUGUCAGUGCUGUUGGGUUCAGUGUCCUUUCUGUGCUGCCAUCUGCACAAACACCAUAGAAGACCAUGAUGGAGAUCACAGCGUUCCUUUCCAUCAUAAUAUUGGACUGAAUGGAUGGUUUUACAGAGGAACAACAAACCUAGCUAUCAACAUCUGCACAUCAGCAGUGGCCAGUGAUGGAUCUUUUUACCCAAACUGGUCAGAUGAAAAAGUCCUCUGGAAGAAAUACAGAACAGCAGGUCCUAAAUAUGCCUCAUGGAGCAUCACCCCUGAUCUCUCAGAACUGCCGUACUGGAAGUGGUUUGUAUGCAGAUUCCAACAAGAUCUAGAAAAGCACUAUAAUAAAACCUAUCAGGGGGGUGGAAAGAUUCCAGAUGAAUGGAGGAAAUACACUCAAAAGGAAGCUAUUGAGAGUCUGAAUAAAUACAUCUAAACAGCAAUUAUCAAAGACCCUUGAGGGUUAUAGAUGAUAUCAAAAAGCUGAUAUUGAUAAUCCAAAGAAUCUGUUCAAAAACAUGUGGCUAUGAGAAUUUCAAAGUAUUGUAACCAGCAUUAUAGCAGAACCAUGCAAAGUAAAAAGGUUAAAAAAUCACUUAUUUUCAUGAUAGAAAUGAUUAAACAACAAAUAAUGCUGGUUCACAUGAACUUUUUUCCAGCCAAUAUUUUCUAGUAAACUUGUUCUUAAGAGGAUCAAUACAAUCACACCAUAUAAACUGAACUUCGACAAGAAGUAUGCAUGUCUUUACCAAAAGCAUAUUCACUUAAAUUCUUCUUUUUGUAGUUUGUUCCUUUUUCAGUGAAUUUACAGUAUGUGUUUAUUGUCAUGUUUCCAUUUAGAGAUCCUGCAUGAUUAACACAACACAUAUAUUCAGUAGGUUUGGAUAAACGUCUUACAUUACAUUUUUGUGAAAUAUAUUGAGACAGAAAAAAAAUGCUUUCAAAAAUUGAAUGUGAUUUGUAUCAUGUUUAAAUACUAAAUAAAAUCAAGUGUUGAUCAAA